AUGAAGCCCGUUUAUCGGUCUUCUGUUGCUUGUGCGGCGUGUCGCUACAAGCACCACCGCUGUGACGGACAGAAGCCAGCAUGCUCCCGCUGUAUUGCAAGUGCGAGGGAGUGCAUCUAUCCUCUUUCGCGGCGUCGCGGAAAACAAAGAGAAAGACAGGCUCGAUUGGCCUCGCCCGUUAUGGACAGUGAGAGCUCCAUACGACCUGCUCUUCAGGCGGCCCCCAAUGCUACUGAUACUGUUUCGACCUGUUGCAACGAAAGCAUCAACCCAAUUCUCUUGGAUCUGUACUAUGAGUUCUUCCAUGCAGCCCAUCCGUGUAUUAUUCCUCGUGUCUAUCUGGAUAAGCAUCUUACAGAAGACGCACUUCGUCUGCUUGCGUCGGUGAUUUGCUACAUUGGUUCGCUAUUCUCAGAAUCGAUAUCCGAUGAAUUGCAGAAAAACGUUGAGGUUGCAUUGAUGGAGAUUCGAACGGGAAGCCGUACUGUUACUGGAUUCGAUGUGCAAGCAAUGCUCCUUUACUCAAUCGCCGUAUAUUGGUGUAACGAGGCCGAGCACGGCACCGCGUUGCUCGACGAAGCGAUCCAGCUGGGUUUGGGACUUGGAAUGAACAGAAAGGAAUUUGCCGUGCUCCAUGGACAGAACAGUCCUGUCCUUGAGGAAAGCUGGCGGCGCACCUGGUGGUUGUUCUAUGUUACGGAUGCACACAUUGCCGGCAGUACCCAUACUUUUCCAUUCCGGACAAGCAAUAUUGACAUCACGGUUGAUCUACCUUGCGAGGAGCAAGAGUAUCACUCUGGGAAUAUACCGCCGGCAAAAAGUAUUGAAGAUUACGACAACCGCGAAUUUUUCGCUGAUGAUGAAUUACUAUUCUCGUCAUAUGCAGAACUCAUCGGCUUGACGCGAGGAAUUGAACACGCUUUGCUUCCCGGAAGCACCGCAGACGCACAGUUAUACAAAUCGAUGUGUGCAAAUGCCGACACGAGUGUCAGAGCGUGGCACGCCCUUCUUCCUACCUCGAAACGGCGUUUGAUCUGCAGCGACGGUUCUGUGGACGAAGUUAUGUUCAAAGCCCUGUUCAUCAUGCAUACGUAUACCGUUGAGAUUCAUCGCCCACUGUCCACGUUGGCCUAUAGUCCCAUUGAAGCGGUAUCGCGAUGCGCUCCAUUAGCCCCGUCCGAACAUCUACAGUGCUCUGACAAGGCAGCAUCAGAACUGCACACAGUCAAAUGCCUAUCAGCUGUUGAGAAUCUCGACCACCUCCUUACGCUUCCAACCAAUCUCAACGCUCACUCCCCGUUCCUGAUCUGCAUGAUUGCCAACGUCACCAUCGCACAUCUCUCAGCCUGUCGAUACAUUCUUCAAGGCGAAAAGUUGGUCACCAGCCGUGAGAAGAUCCGCCUGACCAUGGGUACAUUGAAACGUCUUAGCGAGCACUGGAUCCUCGGAAAGCGGACCUACCGGGAGAUUGGUAUCAUUGCCCGGGAGAUACUGUCAUUGACAGCACGCUCAGCUACUGUGCCAGCAAACACGAAUUUUCCCCAACCAGAUGAGCCAUUAAUGAACUUUGACUCAUCUGAGAUUCCAUUUGAUCUGAACUUUGACUUCUGCGCACCUUCAGACGACCAGUUCUCAAAUUUGAUGGAGACAAUACAAGCAUCAAGUUGA